AGUGUUACAGAUAUCUGACGUCAUUUCGUUUCAGGAUUUAGCGAUCUUUCCAGAUUUGAACAAAACGAUUUGAUACAACUAUUUUGCUGUUUUCAGAGUAAAACUGACAAAAAAAAUAGAUUCAGCCAUACAAAGUGACCCGAACGAAGACUUUAUUUCAUUGAAAAGUGUCAUCCAUACUCCAACUGUCUCACUAUAGCAAAGCUACUUCUUAGGACUAACAUCCUUAGCUGUAUCCCAAGACAGGCCUCUCAAAUUAAUCUUCUUUAGAACUAUUUCAAAAAUAGUUAUUUUCAACCUGAGAAAGAAUCGUUUUGGCCUUAAUUUCUAAAUUUUAAGUUUCCUCAAAAAUUUUCUGCUUUUGAAAAAACUCUCCUUUGUCUUCGUUGUGAAGAUGUUCUCAAAGACUCAACAGUUCGAACCUAAAAUUAGACAACAAAACUCUGUACAAUAAGUUUUAGCUGGUAUCCUUAGUUACUCUCUAACUCCUUAGUUGACAAGUUCUGUUUGCGAGAAAAUCCUCACACCUCAAAUAGUUGGCUCAAUAUUGAAGGGAUCCCGGCAGAAAAACCGAACUAGUUGAUUUGGUGUUUUAUCACGAUUUAUAGUCGGGAAAUUUUUGCAGUUGGUUUCACGAUAGUCUGGAAAAUAUAGCAAAUAUGGUGAUGACGUCAUACCAGAAUACGGAACUGCAGAACCAGGAGGAGACGUCUGAGUUCUACGAGAGGUAUGAAGCGAUGGAGGUGUUGGGUAGGGGAGUGUCGAGUAUAGUGAGGAAGUGUAUCAAGAAGUCGACGGGGGAGGUGUUCGCGGUGAAGAUUAUAGACUUGUCGGCUGGUGAUUCGGCAACAUUGUCAUCUGAAACGAAAAAAGAAAUUACUAUAUUAGAGAGUUUGAGAGGCCACCCGAAUAUAAUCAGACUAGAAGACCACUACAUCACCCCCUCGUUCAUCUUCCUAGUGCUAGAGUACUGUCCGAAGGGGGAGUUGUUCGACCACCUGACCAAAGUGGUCACCUUCUCCUCCAAGAAGACGAGAGACAUUAUGUUCAAACUGCUGCAAGUCAUCGAACACCUCCAUAAAAACAACAUACUACACAGAGACAUCAAGUCCGAAAAUAUUCUACUAGAUGAGGAUCUGAACAUUAAGAUUAGUGACUUCGGGUUUGCCACCUACAUCGAACACGAUGAGCAGUACCAGGAAUUGAUGGGAACCCCGGGCUACAUGGCCCCCGAGAUGCUCAAGUGUGCCAUGCGGGUGGGUGUGGUGCCUGGCUAUGGUAGACCAGUAGACUUGUGGGCCGCAGGAGUAGUCAUGUACUCUCUUCUGUGUGGUCAACCUCCCUUUUGGCACCGGAAACAAGUCCUCAUGCUCCGCAUGAUCAUGGAAGGAAAAUUCACAAUUGACAGACCGGAGUUUGAAGAUGUGUCGCCGGCAGCGAAGGAUCUUCUGCUGCACCUGAUGGAAAUGGACCCCUGUGAGAGGUACACUGCAGAACAGGCACUCAGACACGAAUACUUCCUCACUUUCAAUUCACAGGAGGUGAGAGAAGAGGAGCAGAAAAAUCCUUUCAACCCUAGAAAAAAAUUGAGAGCCUCUUUUCUUUUCGUUCUUGGGCUUAUAAGAUUAAAACGACAAGUUGCUCUGAAGCCAGCUACUCCUGGUCUAAUGUGUACGUCGCCAUACAGUGUCAAAUCAGUUAGAAGACAGAUCGACGCUUGUGCUUUUAACAUUUACGGCCACUGGGUGAAAAAGGGAGAAAACCAGAAUAGAGCCGCUCUUUUCCAAAACACAAUGUACCAGUAUUCGGCCAGAGCUGCAGAUUUCGACAUCGGCUCAAGUCACAGUCAUGAACAUGGGUGGUUGCCAAGCCUGUAGUUUUCUUCAGUGAUAAUUGAAAAGCAUUUAUUCGUUCCGUAGUUGGUUAUAGGUGACAUUUUGUCACUUGAUUUUAAGUUAUUGAAUUAAAAUCUUUAUAUUUUAGCAUGUUCCAUUGAAAUUUUUUUCUAAUAGAUGAAAGAUCCGAGAAUAUUCAAUGAAAAUUAGCGAAAAUUGCAGUAUAAACAGACGGUUUGAAUGCUUAUCAGUCCUUACUUGUUGAAUUGUGUAAAACUGCUUUUGCAGUGUUAGUAAUUUGAAGCAUUUUGUUGCCGUAUGCGAUGUUGUAUUUUUUACAGCUAGCUUCAAUUUGAAGGUGCUCUCAAUUUAGAUGGCUGAUAAUUUUUUGAAAGAAUUAGUAAGUUUUAUUUUGUGAGAGUUAGUAAAAUUGAAGUCUCUUAAAUUUCGUUAUUCAUUUCAAUUCAAUUGCCAGUUUAUUUUCCUUUAUCAGUUUAUAUGUAUUAGAAUUCGAGAAUAAAAUGUCUUGUUUUAA